UUCAAAUUACAGGAACUGUUUUCAAAGCCCCAGUUUUUUGUGGAUUCGAUCAGCCGCACGGAUAUUCGCCAAGGUCGGCUCGGUGAUUGCUGGUUCCUGGCAGCUAUGUCCUCACUGACCCUCGAUGAGAAGCUCUUCACUUAUGCAGUUCCCACUGAGCAGAGUUUUCAGCAGCCGUAUGCUGGGAUCUUCCACUUCCGGUUCUGGCAGUACGGAAAAUGGGUGGAGGUCGUAGUGGAUGAUCAACUCCCAGUGAAGAACCGGAGACUAAUCUUCACCUCAUCGUCCUCACGGAAUGAACUCUGGAGUGCCCUUCUAGAGAAGGCCUAUGCCAAGCUGUAUGGUUCCUAUUCCAGUUUAAUCAGCGGCAAUGUGUCAGAGGCAAUGGAAGACUUCACCGGAGGAAUUGCUGUCUCUUUCAAAAUGAGCUCCAUAACCCCAGAUGAGCUGUGGAUGUUGAUUAAGCGAGCUCUCACCAAGCAGUCACUGGCAUCCUGCAGCAUCGAGGCUGCCAACCAGGAGGAUGUGGAGAAGGACCAUGGCCUGGGUCUAAUGAAGGCACAUUCGUACGCAAUCACAGGUGCAGACACGGUGAAGUAUGAUGGCUCCUCAAUAAGACUCUUCCGUUUGCGCAAUCCUUGGGGUCACAAGGAGUACAAUGGUCCAUGGAGUGACAGAUCCCAGUUGUGGAAUGCAGUUAGUGAGAAUGAGAAGACCAAACUGAAGUUGAUGAUUAAGGAAGAUGGGGAAUUCUGGAUGCCAGCCAAAAUUCUUGCUGAGAACUUCACCCAGAUUGAGCUGUGUAAUCUACAACCCCUCUGCCUACACAGCACCAACUGUCUCUGGACCAUUACUUCUCACGAAGGGAAGUGGGUGGCAGGAAUUAGUGCUGGCGGAUGCACUAAUGAAGACACAUUCUCGACAAACCCUCAGUACAGAUUGAGACUAUUCGAGAAGGACGACGAUCCGCAUGAUGAGGAGCUUACCUGUACAAUUGCUGUCGAACUUCUGCAGAAAUAUGGUCGCAAGAAAGAUAAGAUCAAUUUCUACUACAUUGGAUUCUACAUCUACGCAGUCCCUCAACGGUUUCAGAAUCAGCACUCCCGUUUUGGCAGAAAGUUCUUCCGUAAAUACCGACCGGUGUCUGACUCGGGCAAUUACAUCAACAGCCGUUCAGUGGCGAGGCGGCUGCAGCUCCCUCCUGGCGAGUAUGUCAUUCUGCCCACUACCUUCAGUAAGAACAAGGAGGGGGAGUUCUUUCUGCGGAUCUUUGCAAAGAAGAACAACGUUUCCAGGGAGAACAGCACCACCACUUCUGCCUUUAACCCAGAGGUCAACUGGACAGAGGUUGAUGUUGACAACAAGAGUGCACUGAACGUGCUGAAAGAUGCUGUAAGUGAGACUGACACCUUAAGUGCCUCAGAGUUCAUGGAGCUCUUCAAUUCAGCCAGUUCUGAUACAUAUCACCUAAGCCUGGAGACCUGCUGCAGUUUGGUGUUUGCAGUUAAUUCCCCUGGUCAACAUGGCUGCCUCAGCCCUCAGGAAGUCAAACUCAUGGUGAUGCACGUGCAGAAACUGCAGGGUAUAUUUGACCAGUUUGUGGACCGUGAAACUGGUCUGAUGAAUUCCCACGACCUUCGCCCUGCAUUGUCUGACGCAGGGUUUGAAUUGGAUUCGAAGGUUCACCAUGAACUUUGGAUGCGUCACAGAACCAGCACCAACAAAAUCUGCUUCAGUCACUUUGUCAGCUGUGUGGCCAAGCUGCAAAAGCUCUUUGCUAUAUAUGAGAGACUGAAGGACCCACAGCCGAAAGCAAUUCAUCAGUGGCUCUUGCUCUUUAUUGGCAUCUAAUGUUUGCUGAGAUUUGCUGGGUUCGGAUUGCCUUCAGCAAGCAUGGCAAAUCAUCAGACGCAGAUAUGAGAUCUCCUGAGUGUUUACAUGGGAGUCCAGUCUUUGCUUAACUCUGCUUUCAACUUCAUUUAAUCAUGAAAAAUGCUGCUCAGGUACAGUCAAAUAUCACCGUCUGCAAGAUGCACUGGAUCUGAACCCUUCACAUUCUGGGUUGCAACUCGUCAGACAUCGACAAACCUUGAGUACCCU